UCCAUUUACCGCUUCGCAGUUUUGUCAACAAGAUUGAAUGAUUCAUGAGAAUUUUGCUCUGAUCUUCGUGAUACAUAGACGCUUUGACUGUAAACUUACUUGAACUAGAGUCUUAAAGGAUUGCUCUAAAGGAUUGGCAAUAUCGUUGGGGUUUGAAAUAUUUCGAAAUCCCGCUAUUGUUUCUGUGUUCAAAGUUCACUUGGUUUUGCGCGGCGUAGCGUGAAGUAUUUUCAACUACGUUAUCAAAUUGCACGUUGUGUUUAGACUUGAACUUGGUUGUUUGACAAUCUUCCAGCGAAUACUACGAAACUUGAUCUGAUAUUUUGAAGAUGGCAGAGCUUAUAUCUGUAAAAAAAGUUCAAAGUAACGGCACUGCCGUCUUAAGCACAAACGAAAUGUCAAAAGAUUGUGAGAAAGACAUGGUGCAUGAUGACACAAAUCCUACUUCUCACGCAGGAGAAAAUGGAACCAAUGGAUCGGCACAUAAGCCCAAUGGACUCAAUGGCCAUAGUACUCAAAAUGGUGGAUUGAAAGCCGCGACGACGGAGGCAAGCCCUUCACUAGAGCCGCGAAUUUCUCCACCUUUGUAUAACGACGUAUCCACAGGCGAAUACUGGACAACAAAGGCAGAUGCCAGUGUUCGUCUAAGGAUAGGAGACACAAAACACACUAACCAAGUGCCGAUGACUGUCAAUGAAUUGCUAGAAAAUACAGUUAAAGAAGUCCCCAAUAGGAUUGCUCUUGCUGUGAAAAGAGAAGGAAAAUGGAGACAUUGGACAUACACCGAAUAUCACGAAGAGGUUCGCAAAGCAGCCAAGUCUUUUAUCAAGCUUGGUCUUGAACCUUAUCACGGUGUUGGUAUUGUUGGAUUUAACUCGCCAGAGUGGGUUAUCUCUGAUAUUGGUGCCAUAUAUGCAGGGGGUCUUGCUACUGGUAUCUAUACUACUAAUGUUCCUGAAGCUUGUCACUAUGUUGCCAGUGAUGCGUCAUGUAAUGUUAUUGUGGUUGAAAACAAAAUGCAACUUGAUAAAAUCUUGAAGGUUUGGGACAGACUUCCUAAACUCAAAGCUAUAGUACAAUACAUUGGUCAAGUUGAGGAAAAGAGGGAGAAUGUUUAUGAUUGGAAUGAGUUUUUGGAGCUUGCAAAAGAUGUAAGUGAUGAAGAACUACAGAGCAGAAUUGAUCUUCUACAACCUAACAAAUGCUGCACACUUAUCUACACCAGUGGAACAACUGGAAAUCCCAAGGGAGUGAUGCUGUCUCAUGAUAAUAUGACAUGGAUAGCACAGACAUCUUGUAACCAUUGUGAAUUAGGAUGCAAAAGAGAGGAACACGUUGUCAGCUAUCUUCCCCUCAGUCAUAUUGCAGCACAGCAAACAGACAUAUAUAUGCCAUUAGUCUCCCAUGCUUCAGUGUGGUUUGCACAGCCAGAUGCUCUUAAGGGAUCUCUUGUCAACACUUUAAAAGAGGCAAGACCUACCGUGAUUCUAGGAGUUCCAAGGGUGUGGGAAAAAAUAAGUGAAAAACUGAUUGAACUUGGCUCUGGUGUUACUGGCAUGAAGAGAAAGGUUGCCAACUGGGCAAAGGGUGUGGCUUUGCAGGGCAAUCAAAACAUUGAACAAGGAAAAUCAGUUCCUUUUGGAUGGUCAGUUGCAAAUGCUCUUGUGUUGAAAAAGAUAAGUAUUGCACUAGGACUAGAUCGUUGCAGAAUGUGCUUUGUUGGUGCUGCACCUGUUACCAUGGAGACUCUCCAAUACUUUCAAAGUAUCAAUAUCCCUCUUUAUGAGUUAUACGGAAUGAGCGAGUGCAGUGGCCCACAUACAGUGUCUAUUCCUGGACAUAUUAAAACUGGUAGUUGUGGUAUAACCAUGCCAGGAUGUGAAUCUAAGGUUAUCAACCCUGAUGAAGAAGGCAGUGGUGAGCUGUGCAUCAAAGGAAGGCAUGUAUUCAUGGGAUAUCUCAACAACAUUGAGAAAACAGAAGAAUCUCUGGAUAAUGAAGGGUGGUUACAUUCAGGAGACGUUGCAAAGAUUGAUAAGAAUGACCAAGUCUAUAUCACUGGAAGGAUAAAAGAGUUAAUCAUCACUGCUGGUGGUGAAAAUGUUGCACCUGUACCAUUAGAGGAAAGCAUCCUCAAAGAAGUUCCAAUUCUUAACAAUAUUAUGGUGGUUGGAGACAAGAAGAAGUUUCUUAGCUGCUUAGUGACAUUAAAGGUUGAUGUAGAACCAGAGUCAGGCGAGCCUACUGACAACCUAAAUUGUGUUGCCCUGGAAUUUUGUAAGUCAAUUGGAUCCCCCGCUAAAACAGUCACUGAAGUUUUAGCAACAAAAGAUGAAAAAAUAURCAAAGCAAUUCAAGAUGGGUUGAGCCGGGCCAAUGAAUAUGCACCAUCUCGAGCUCAAAAGGUACAAAAGUUUCAUAUUUUGGAAAAGGACUUCUCUAUUGCUGGUGGAGAGCUUGGUCCUACUCUGAAGUUAAGGCGGCCUAUAGUAGCCAAGAAAUUCAAAGAUAUUAUUGAUGCUUUCUAUCAAUCUUAACUCUACUUUUUAUUAGCAUAAGGUAUAUUAUUUACAUGGUAAUUUUGCUGGAGGUCUAAAUUUGAUUAGUCACAAAUCCUUGAUGUCAAGCUGCUCAGUGCAGAGGAAGUAGCAGGAGAUUCUGCAUCUCCAUUUACAAGAAAAUUGCAAAUUAUGAUAAAUUUGAUGAAGUACAGUGAUUGUAAAAGUUAAAACUAAGCACUAUAAGCUACAUCUUAACUCAGUGUAAAUGAUAUACCUUUUCUAGAAUGAAUAGAGUUCAAUUUUGGGCUAGAAGUGUCUUUCACGUUAGAUCUCAAUUGUAAGCAAUAGCAAACAUUAUACAACUAGAUGAAAAUGAACAAUGAUUGUGUGAUUUUGGCAUAAUAUUUGCUAUUGCUCCCAAAAUUCUUCAUGAAACUUUGUAUUUAUCUUUUGUGUAAAUAGGUAGAAUGGUACAUCUUAACUUGCAUUCAAAGCAGUUAUGAUGUUUYUUUCAUUUUUGGUUACCAAAGGUGGCUCCAUGAACUGUCUUUUAAAAACUUUGGGAGGCAUUCUAAAUGGAAAUUUAUGCAUGGAUACCUUUGUCGGGUUACUCCAGGGUUCUCAUGGAUGGGAAUUAAUAAGUGCAAGUAAAAUGUACAUAAAUAAUUAGUAGGUGAAGGUUGCUGCAUCCAAGCCAAUGUCUCAAAUUCAUGUAUUGUUUGACGAAGGUGCAAUCAUGUACACCAGAGAAAUUUGUGGUAAAGAAUACCACUAAUUUAGGAACCAAUUUUGAAACUACUAAAGUAAUUCCUCUUUUGAUAACUAAUUGCGUUGGAGUGUUGAGUUUCUGAGCGAAGACAAUUACCUUUGAAACAGAACAAUGCCAUAUCUAAACAAUGAAACUAGUUUAAGUAUGUUUUGUUUUACAGGUUUUUUACUUCUYUAAGAUUUAUACAUUAACAUUAAUUAAUAAGCCUUGUUUAUCACAACUAGCAUUAUUUCAAUAUGCAAAGAAWACUCAUUAUGUUGGCUGCAUGACUGGUCACAUCUACAGUCGUUAAGAGUGAUUUAAUAUUCUUGUCUGUGAAAGGAUACUCAAGAUGGUUGUUACUAGUGGACUUUACAAUAGUGACUAUGACAACGCUUCACAAUGUGAACUGGURUCCAUGUCAGCUGCACAGUGUUAAAUCCAAUCUAUAAAUUAUAAAAAAACACAUUUAUUAAAUAUUAAUAUAAUCAMCAGAAUUCUACAAAAUUAUACAGUCUUGCAAAAGUUGUGCUACAUAAUAAUUUUCUUCAAUAAUAUUAUUUUAUAUCCUUUAUCAGUUAUUUUUAUGAACUAUAUUUCAAUUAUAUUUCUCUUGUGUGCAAACAAUGUUUCAUUACUUAGUAUGAUAGUAUGAAGCAUGAGUAMUUAACUUAAUUAUUUCUAAAAACUAAUUAUUUUAUUAGCAGCUGCAUAGAGUAUUGAUGCACUUUAUAUGUGAAACUUUAGUACAAAAUAGAAGCUAAAUUAUGCUAAUUUGUUUCCUAUAGUAUAAUCAACACUAUUUAGUAAUAAUUAGUACUGUUUUUUUGUUUCAUAGAUAAAGUGCUUCUACUCUAGGUAGCAAUAUUCAAUUGUUAAUCUUCCAUUAUUAAAAAUGUUUCUGUCAAUAAAAUAAGGUUUGGAUGUUAAAGUUUAA